AUGACUCAAGGUUCGCCUGAGCACAUGGACCUGCAGCCUGAACGCACCAUGGCACCUCCAUUAGCAUGGAAACCGGAGGCUAAAACUCCCGUCUCCGCUCAGCUCGUCUCGCUGUCAGUGGACAGUGCCAUGACCAGCUGGACCUCGCAAACUUGCCCACCCACCGGUGACACUGACACCACCCGAAUCCAACUGGAACUGGACCACCACGCUGCACAAACGUGA